AUGCAAUAUCAACUUAUACGCUUGUAUUUCAGCUCGAUGCUGGCAGCCCUCUCUGUAGCAUCGCCAACUUCCAACCUCCAACCCCGUGAUAAAUUGAAAGUCCAAAUAACAUGUAAGUUCCCCCACACAUUCCAACAAGCAUGCGAGACUAACAACCUCAAAAAGUCUCCGACCAAACAGUUCCCCUUGGGACCACACCAGUCAACACAGUCUUCGACGCCUUCGCCAAAACUUGCGCAACAAGCGGUCCCUGUAACACCUCACACCAGUCGAUGUCACGGGCUACAGCCUCUGGUCUCAAGGACGAAAUCCCUCCUCCAAUACAGGAAUAACAAUCACCAUCGUACCGGGUGGUGUCUAUCCAACCUGGGUGCAUAAUGAACUCCUCGAUGGACUAAAGGCGGCUGUUCAAAAAGCGGCGGUUUGCAAGGAUGUUACAUACACCUAUCCUAGUGAUGUGGAUAGGCAUAGUAACAGUACGUCUUUUCUCCUUCCUCUCGCUCUAUUCCCUAUCGAUCAUAUUGUGCAUAUGCUGAUCGCCACAGGUUCUCCUCGAACUGUAAAACAAUGCACAAUCCCCCAAUUUGUGUGAAUUACAUGGCAAUCAGGCGACGCAAUUUACUUUAUGGAGUUUGCAUCCAAGACCACUCCCAAUGCCGAUGGGUUCUGUAGUACUUUCACGACGCUCAGUGGUGCCGUUGCUGGUAAUUAA